AUGGCCAACCGCAAGUCGGGUCUCCCCUCGCUGCUACAUCCCUGGCGCUUGACAGUAUCCAUCUCCAACAACAACACCCUGCAGGAGGCAGUUCACGACACUACCUCGGCUGGUACACGGGUGGAUUCAACAACUACAACUUCCAAGUCGCAACCAACAGCACCGUGGGAGCCCACCCAAGUUCUCCGAGUCUAUGCCCGGUCGCCCGAUAAUUCAAUCCAAGAAUACGGAUAG